AUGACUGCUACCACCGCUACUGUUUCUCCUACCGCUCCCACUGCUCCUCCUGCUUUUGCUGCCCCUUCUGCCCACCCCACUGGCACCGGCUUUUCUUUCCCUACUGUCAGCCCCAAAGCCAGCCCAACAUCUGCCCCCACCCCCGCUGCCCCCACAGCCGCCCCUGCAGCUGCUUUCGCAGCUUCCCCUGGCCUUUCCCUCCUUGCCCCAUUCCCCUCCCCGUCCGCCCCUUGGGGAUCUGGCUGGGACCACGCCCCCUCUCCCGGCAAAUCCAAGCCGUUGAUCGAGGAGCUCCGGUUCCGUCCACGGCUGGGAUUCUCCGAGGAGAUCGGCGCGGGGCGAUUCAGAGAAGCACAUCAGGACGAAGGGGGGGAUGGAGAUGAGGACCUGGAAAGCCCCAGCUCCCCGUCCUGGUUCCCGGACCUGCGCCGAACCUGCAGCGACAACCCCCGAUCCGCAUUCCCAGCCUCGGGAGCCUCGUCCCCGGACCACCACGGAACCCGAGGGGAGCGUCUCUUCAUACCCCAGAAAAGCGGGCUGGGCGGGGGGAAAAGCGCCGCUGCGUCUCUCACCCUUCCCCCUCUCAUGUCCAAGAAACGAUCUAUCUCCAGUGUCGGCCCUACCAGCCCCCGCUCCCAGUCUCGCUCCCUCCGGCCGUCCCUCCGUCGCAGUGUAGCAGGGCCGUUACCAGACGCACCGGUUACCAUCAUUGAUGGUACCAUUCAGCUCGUGGGAGGGCUGAGCCUUAACUCCAGUAAAGCGGACGGGAGAAGUGGGAGCAGGGGGGAUGGGAAAGCGGAUUCCCCGCCUCCUCCCUCGCCCCUGCCGCCUCCCCGGCCGCCCCGGCCACAGGCCUUCCUAGGGGGAGGCAGCGAGAAAGGGGGAGGAGGAGGAGGGGAGCAGCAGCAGGUGGCAGCAGCAGGAGGGGGAGCAGGAGGGGCAGGAGGGGCAGGAGCAGGGCUGUGGGGUAGCUUCAGUAGCAAGCAGAGCCGGGUUUUCCUGCAGGCGAACCAGCUGAACCUGUCCCCACGUUCAGGGGGACCUGGGGGAGGUGGGACCCUCUCGUUUGGACAGGACGGUGGGUUUGAGGGGGAGGUAGAUCUGGUGAAGGCUGGCGGCUGGGGGAAUGCAGGAGGGGAAGGGGGAACAGGUGGAGCGAUUGGGGCAGGAAUGGGCGGAGAAGAUGGGGCAUUGGGCGUAUCUGGGCAGGCUGUACCUGCGUGCCAGCCGUUCAGAAUGAACCUGGCGAAUUCAAGGUUCAACCGCAGCCGGAGCAUGCCCAUGGAGCGACCCCCUCCCAGGAGUGGUAGCAGUGCGGUGGGGACCGGUGGGCAUGGCGUGGGCAGGAGUAGUGGCUUGGGAGGGGGCGGUGGUGCUGGUGGUGGGGCUGGUGGUGGUGGUGGUGGGUUUGGUGGCCAUGCUGGGGGGAUGGUGGCUAGCCGGUUUGCUUUCCAGGGCAAUGCUGGCCCAUCCGGCAGUGGUAGCAGUGUGGGUGGUGCUACUGCUGCUGCCCUGCGUGCUGGUACGGACGCUUCUAUGGGUGGGGUCACGGGAGGUGGCAUUGCAGCAGCAGGAGGAGGAGCAGCAGGAGCAGCAGGGGCAGCAGCGGGCACAGCAGGCAGUGGGUCAGGGGCAGGGGAGCUGCUUGAUUCCAAUGUGGCAGAUCUGGUGGCAGCAUGGCUGUCAGAAGAGAGUCCUAAUGGUGUGGACGGGGGUGGUGCAGCAGGAACACAAGAAGGGAGUGUGCGAGGGGCGCAGGGGAUGGGAGGGGUGGUGGGUGGGGGCGCGAUUGGGGGCGAGCUGGUGCAAGGGGGGGAGAAUUCGCGGCCGAGUUUGGCGCAGCUGCAGCAAGCGAUAGGGGAGCAGCUCAAGGGAUCUGGGCCAGAACGGCGUUAUGAGCCGUACACGAAGGAGACUGUUACGAAAGAAGAUGCGACGGACAGCUUCAUGACUUUGUAUGCAGCGGUUACAGUAGAGGUGGAGGAGGUGAUCGAGAAAUCAAAUGCAGCUGUUAUUGAGAGGAAUCUGGCCAAGGUUGCGGUGCUGAAUGCCGAGAUCAGGCGAGCUAAAGACAUUUUGCAGAAGGAAAUUCAACGGCUUGAGAAGCUCGCGUAUCGGAAGGUUAAAGGAGUUUCGCCUGACGAGGCUGCGAAGAGGCCAGACAUGGUCAGAACGCUCAUGGAAAAGGUUCAGGCGAUUCCUGAUGGCAUUGCGAGAGGAGGUGGGAGGACCGUCGCAUCUACACGGGGCGUUUCAGACGUCCAGAUUGACGCUCUCGAAAUGGGCGACUCUGGACCAACAGGGGAUCACUUCAUCUCAACGGCUGAAUCCAGGGCGUUCAGAAGUGAAUAUACUCGCCGAGUCCAGAAGCAGGAUGUCGAGCUGGAGUACAUCUCUAGUGGUCUUGAGAAACUGAGGCAUCUUGCCCAAGACAUGAAUGAGGAAAUGGAUCGUCAAGAUCCAAUGUUGGAAGCAGUUGAGAACAAGGUCAACUCAACAACUCAAACGCUGCGGAACAAUAAUAAGAGGUUGAAGGAGAUUCUGACCGAGGUUCGGUCACCACGGAAGUUCUGCAUUGACCUUAUACUUAUCCUUGUGCUUCUUGGAAUUGGAGCAUACCUCUAUAGUGCUCUGAAGUGA